UGCUGCAGUGAUGGCGGGAACGCAGAGGAGGGGGGGUCUGGGCUAGGCAGUGGGGACCCAGAGGGUCCACCCUGGAAAGAGAACCAUUCAACGCGUACCCAUCGCUUGCGCUGGGAGCUGAGCUCCUCUCCUCCGCAAACUAGUCGCGCUCGACACUUCCUCUGUCGGGUGGCUAUUUUGCAAGUCCUUUCUCAAGCGCUGUGCCUCGGCCCCAGGACCGAACCAAGGGGCGAGACAGACUCCCUAGGCAUCCCGGAAUAUGAGCUAGAAGCACCCGUGCGCUCAGGGGGCAGCUGCAACAGCGACAGCCAUCAUGAACAAGGCGGCCGGUGAGGAGAAGCUGGCGGUACUCUUCAGUCUUGCCCCGGACCUGCGGGAGGCGGCCAACACGAGCUCCAAUGCUUCGCUCCAGCCCCAGGACUGGUGGUGGGACGUGGGGCUGGAGUUGCCAGAUGGCUCGGCGCCAGGUCACCCCCCGGGCGGCGGCGGCGGGGCGGAGCGUGCGGACCCCGAGGCGUGGGUGCGGAUCCUCAUCAGUAUGGUGUACUGGGUGGUGUGCGCCCUGGGACUGGCGGGCAACCUGUUGGUGCUCUACCUGAUGAAGAGCAAACAGGGCUGGCGCAAGUCCUCCAUCAACCUCUUCGUCACUAACCUGGCGCUGACGGACUUCCAGUUCGUGCUUACCUUGCCCUUCUGGGCAGUGGAGAACUCGCUGGACUUCAAAUGGCCCUUCGGCAAGGCCAUGUGUAAGAUAGUGUCGGUGGUGACGUCCAUAAACAUGUACGCCAGUGUCUUCUUCCUCACCUCCAUGAGCGUGGCGCGCUACCACACGGUGGCGUCAGCUCUAAAAAGCCACCAGACCCGAGGGCCUCCCCUGAGCGGCUGUUGUGGCCCCAGCCUGGGCGACAGCCGCUGCUAUUCAACUCAGGCGCUGUGCUUGCUGAUCUGGGCCUUGGCCACGCUGGCCUCGCUGCCCAACGCUGUCUUCUCCACCACUAUCAAGGUGAUGGGCGAGGAGCUGUGCCUGGUGCGCUUCCCUGACCAGCUGCUGGGCCAUGACAGGCAGUUCUGGCUGGGCCUUUACCAUUCACAGAAGGUGCUGUUGGGCUUUGUGCUGCCGCUGGGCAUCAUCAGCCUGUGUUACCUGCUGCUAGUGCGUUUCAUCUCAGACCGCCGUGUGGUCGUGGGGAUCGAAGGAGGGGUCUCUACGGCUGGGGGACGCCUGGCUGGAGCCAGCGCCUGCAGACGGUCCAAGGUCACCAAGUCUGUGACCAUUGUGGUCCUUUCCUUCUUUCUGUGCUGGCUGCCCAACCAGGCACUCACCACCUGGAGCAUUCUCAUCAAGUUUAACGCUGUGCCCUUCAGCCAGGAGUACUUCCUGUGCCAGGUAUACGCCUUCCCCAUCAGCGUGUGCCUGGCUCACUCCAACAGCUGCCUCAAUCCCAUCCUCUACUGCCUGGUGCGCCAGGAGUUCCGCAAAGCGCUCAAGAAUCUACUGCAGCACAUAGCAUCUCCCUCACUCACCAGCAUGCGUCCCAUCACCAACACCACCAAGCCAGAACCCCAGGACUCUGGGGGGCUGCAGGCCCUGGCGCCGCUGCACCCGCCCUCUGAGCCUGACCUCCUCUACUACCCGCCCGGGGUGGUGGUCUACAGCCCAGUAGCUCGGCUUACUGACUCAGGUUGAGGAGCUUCUCCGGAGCUGGGAAGUUACCAGCAGAAACCUUUCCUUAGCUUAUUGGCACGCGGACUUGCUGCGUGGCUGCACCCUGAGACUAGAAUUUGGGUGCAAAAAACUUGGGGUGGGGAUGUGAAGAAAAGAGAUUAACUUGGUCCCCUCUUCUUCAUCCUCAAGAUGCACCUCCCACUGGGCUGUUUGUGAUUUACCAUCCAGGUUAGGGCAGGUUGGUGCACCUGGAGCUGGACUUUGACCUUCCAUUGACUAUGCAUCCAUCUUCAUGGAGUGGGGAGCAUUUACCUCCAGCUUGGGAGAGCGAUUCAUUGGGGAGUGCCAUCUCAAAGCAGUAUGAUUAUAAGGGCUGAACUGAGAAAUUGCAACUGGAGGGGAAAACGAGGUGACACAGGCUCACUGAGGAGGCAAGCAGGAAGUGGAGAGCUCUGAGCACUGAAGUCUGGGCACCAGGCUCUGCCCAAGAGCAGUGAAGGCCACUCAACACUCUGCAGGAGCUGGUCUGAGCACACAGGUGAGGUGUGGCCAGGAGAGAUUUGCCAAAGCCCCAGAGAGACAUUUUGUAGAGUAAGGACUUGUCUGCAGCCUCUAACCUUAGCUGAUCAUUUUUCAGAACUCUAUAGUGUUGGAUUGAUUUAAACUCUGAAGCAGGUAUAGAGGGGUGGACUUGCCAUUGUUUUUUCAGGUUUUCAUAGAUUUAAGAUACUGUUGAAAUGUGCAUGUAUUUUCUUGAAAGUCAGAUUCAUAGAAGCUAGAGUUUGAUCUUUCAAGAAGUGUGGGUGGGAAAUAAGAUGCUAGGCAAGAUUCAAAUAAAACCUGUGUUAAAAGGAAGAGAACUGAGUGUCAGAUGUUGAAUUAUUUAUUGCUGAAAAGACUGAGGAGAGAUGUGGGAAGGAUUCUUCUUGUGCACUAUCCUAAUCAAAUUCAACUUGAAUAGGCAUGAUGAAUUCCUCCUUAACUCCCCAACUAUAAAUAAGCUGAUGAGUGACACAUUUCUCAUAACACCUCUGUUCUUGUCACAGCUGUUUUGCUCUUUCUUGAGACUGCUGAGACAGCUGAAAUGAA